CACGCUCCCCCCCCCCCCCUCCUCCUCCUCCAUCUCCGCCCCUCGUCUCACCCCACCCAUGGCGCCGCAUGCCGCGAGCAGGAUGCUGCUGUCGCUGGCCCGGGACGGCGCGGGGCGACGGUGGCUCCGCAUCCGCGGUGGGGAUUCGAGGCCAAUCUCGGUUCACAGGUGGACCUGCAAUUGUUAGGGGUUUGUGACGGAUUGUGAUUAUUCUGGUUGUGAAAUUUCUGGUGAUGAGGACUCCGGUCGCGGGUUGCUGCUCCAUUGGAGGUAAGUAGUACAAUAGUUUUGUUACGGAAUUGUUUCCAUUGGUUUAGACAAAUCUAUCAGAUGUUACACAACUUUUUCCCCCCUGUUUCAAUUUAAGUUCUCACUGCAUUUAUCGAAGAGAAUCUUGCUCCUCUAUUCUAGUGACAGUUGCCUUCUUUGUGUUGAAUAAUCAAAGAAUAUUUAGCUUUUCUUGUUUCAACUUUCAACAGUUCGAAACAUGAUAGAAGCAACAACGAUUGUGAUACUAAUGGAGGCGCAUUUGAAGGUUAUUUAUCACUUAAACUAGGUUUUUCUGCUGAUUUUCUUUCUUAAGUAAUAUCUGGAACGUUGAGUUUCAACGCUUUUGGUCAAAUCCACAUGAAUCUGUAUCUUUCUUUUGAAUAUAAAUUACUCAAUUGUACAGUUAAUUAGUGGUUGAUAAAAAUCUGGCUUCAGUUUAUACAUCAUUGUUCAUUCAUGCUUUCUUUAGAGCCCGAUACUUAUUUAUGAAAAUAAAAAUAUGUCUCUUUUCAAAGUUGCUGCAAUAUUUAAAGAUUUUAUUGGGAAGGAAAAGUUUUGUUGCUUGCAGGGUCAGCUAACCACCUUGCCAUCUGAAUUUUGAUUACAUAUGCCCCCGAGCAAUUCAAAGAGAAGACAGUGGAAGCAUUACCUCUUCAACUUAUGCAACAUUCAGCUUUCACAGCAGCUUCCUCGUCAAGUGCAUCAAGGUUCAGAUUUUGCCCUAGUUUCUCCUGAGUUACGUAUGUGGUAGCUAUGUCUGGCAAUAUGCCACUGCCAAGUUCACCGAGAACAUGGCUGUGUAAGGAGGGCUUCCUUGAGAUGUAUUUUUUUGGUAUGUCAUAUUGCCAGCUCUUUCAUCGGUGAACUAUCUAAGAAGCUGGCAGAAAAGAACAAAUGGCAGACUCGCCCCAAUCACAAGAUGUAUGAGGAUCAAUGGGUGGUUGCUAAUUAACAACAAUAUGCAUGCAGUGGCGGCUGCCCAAAUUCUAGUUUCUUGCAACUUUGCCUCUGGUACUGUUUUCUCCUGUAACUGACUUCUCUUCUAUCAUAUUUUGCCCUGCUACUUGAAAUAAAAAUCAGGUACAUCCCUUCUUUAUGUAUAAAAUUUCUUUCAUUGUAGGUGAAAAUUUAUUUGAUUUUAGAAUCUUUCUCCUGAUUAUAUGAGACUGUGGUGCUAGAUUUUAUAACCUGUGAAGAUCACAACUGAAAGGCUGAAAGCAAUGUUUUCAGGAACAAUGUUAUUCUUGUUCAUUUUUUAGAUUGGAACAAUUAUGUGGAUUGUUGACCAUGUAUACUCCAAUAGUUCACACAUUCCAAUUUUCCAAGAAACCAGGCAUUAGUGGUGAUAAUUGUUAAGCCAAUAUACUUGAAUAUCAGAUCUGUCAUGGCAAUAUGGCAUAGAUAAUUGAAUAAAUGAUCAACUCCAUUAUCUGGUGUUCGAAUAGAUUUAUGUUCCUGGAGCAUAUAUUCGGUGUCUUUCAUAUAGCAUUGGUCGAGUAAUAUACUACCAAGAGAAGAUGACAGAAUGGAAGAGUGUACAGAGAUUUAUGAAAUGGGCAGCUAGAUCAAGUCAGUAAGAAAGGAAAAGAAAUUGAGGUAUUGAUCUUCUCGAGACGGCUAUUGUGUUCAUUUCACUUCAGUGGCAUGUUAAUGUUUUAGUUGGUUCCAUGGGACAAUCCUUUUUUUAUGUUGAUAGUCGGUACUGGAUUAUAAAGGGCAAGGUAUGCAUUUGCAUGAAUUCUGAGAGAAGCUAUGGACUUCAUGAGAGAAGCUAUGGAUCAACAUAUAUAGUUUAAACAAAACUUAAAAGAGCCUGGGAGUACCUGUUGAAUUUUUUUUUGAGGGAAACUACGGCAGACGUUUGACGCCGGCCUGAACUUUAUUGAUAGUUGUUUGUAAAACAAUGUACAAAGAAGGGAAUUACAAAGGGGAUAAGAAAAGCACUAAAGCGGGUUUUUUUUUGAAAGGAAAGCGGCAAGAGUAUUGCCUAAUAUAUUAGAGGAAGAGAAAUUAAAAGUAAACACUAAAGCGGUUUUGAACUAGGGAUUUUGUAUUACAAGAAGAUUAUCAACCCACGAAAUUAGGUGAGGUUUGAGGCGAAGGGGGCAUCUGUGAGACCAGAGGAGGAGCUCGUUGAUGCAGCACUGUCGGAGACAGCGAUCGAAUUCGUCCGUGUUGUUGAAGGCUUUGUUGUUUUGGCAUUUCCAAAUGUUCCAAGUGAUCGCAAGGAGAAUUGUGUGCCAAAUCCGUUGAAUUUUGAACAUGCAGAUUGGCUGGGGUCAGUUACUCUCUGCUACCUGUCAUUUCGUUGGAGAAUGGACUACAUGGUGCAUGGUUUGCAAGUGUCAGUCUACAGCAAAUUAAGUUUUAGUCCCGUUGCAGUUUCAUGGUACUUAUUCAGCGUGUAAUAUCCCUGAAGACAAGCUAAGAGAAUGGAGUUCCAGUUAGAUUAGGAUAUAUACAUGGACAUCUUCUGAGGGAACCAACUAUAUCUAACACUUGUCUUGAUUGGAGGAGCAAUCUAGGCAAACAAUGGCCGGAGAAGGAUGGGUGAUGGGCAUCAUUUGGCAUGUGUUGGUACUUGCCCGGAACACGAUUGUCGAUGUUUGGGGCGGCUGGUCAAUGGAGAUCCUGCUCGGCGCCAGCUUCCUGAUGCAGCUUGUGCUGACCUUCUCUGCCGGGUUCCGUUGGCGCGGGGACUCCCCCAUGCUACGCAACGUCAUCUGGCUCUUCUAUGUAAGCGGCGACUUUGUGGCGACGCUCGCACUCGGCCACCUCUCUGUAAGUGGCACAUCCGGCAAGCGUCGUCUCGUCGCGUUCUGGGCGCCCUUCUUCCUGCUGCACCUCGGCGGCCCCGACAGCAUCACCGCCUAUGAGCUUGAGGACAACCAGCUGUCGGCGCGCUAUGUGCUGGAGCUCGUCCUGCGAGUCACCGGAGCGGUGUACAUCGUCUACAAGUCCAUUUCCGGUAGCUGGGCCUUGGUCCCGGCAGCCUGGCUGAUGCUCCUUGUCGGCGUGGCCAAGUAUACAGAGAAGACGUUGGCGCUCCACGGCGCCAACCUGGCCAAUGUCCGGAGAUCCUUAGAGAGGCAGCAGCACCGCCAUCACAUGGGAGGUGGCAACCACCAUUCUCAGCAGCUCGCGUUUGCGACAGAUGACAAUGAUGGCGCCCUUGUGAUGAAGGCUCAUGCCCUGUUCCACAUCUGCAAGAACUCCUUGGUGGACUCGUCGGUGGAUAUAGAAUCCACAUCUCCUUCCACCGCGCUGUUCGAUCUCAGGUGGAAAGAGCUGUUCAGGGUGAUGGAGAUAGAGCUCUCCCUCAUGUAUGACUUCCUCUACACCAAGGCCACCAUCAUCCACACCUGGCAUGGCUACUGCAUCCGUGCGUUGUCGCCACUGGCGACCACCGUGUCACUGGUUCUGGUUGAGCUGAGCAAUGAGGGCGGCCGCCGCCACAAGCAAUCGGACAUUGUCAUCACCCGUGUACUGCUGGUGGCCACCUUCCUCCUUGAGUCGGCGUCGCUGCUCAGGGCUCUCAGCUCGACAUGGACCGGCUUCUUGCUGCAUAGCAAGUUGCAACCGGGUUGGAUUCGCCAUGAAGUCCUGUGCAUGAGACGGUGGCAUCGUUUCCAUAGCGUCAUCAUGUCCCUUGGCUGGCCCGCCAAGGUGCAAGCUCACCGGCAGUGGUUAGGCAAGAUGGGGCAGCUCAACAUGUUGCAGCUGGUCAUCACCCAGAAGGAGCUAGAGCGACCGGCGCCAAAGGGUGGUCAGUUCUGGGACAAGGAAUAUCAGCGAUGCUCAAAUGAAACCAUGAUCCCAGAAAAUGUCAAGAAACUGGUUUCUGAGCUUGUCAGCCGUCAGUUGAAGGAGUUGAGGGAUUAUGUGAAAAAGGUGGUGGCGCAAGAAGGGGCGGAUGCGUUGUCACAGGACGUUAACUUGCUGGAGAUGGCAGUGUACUUGAGGAAGAAGAGGGGUCAGCAGGCACUAGAAAAGAACAAUUUGCUCUCGGAUCUCCGUUGGAGCCUCGGCAAUGAGCUCCAGCUAGGCAUCCUCACAUGGCACAUUGCCACCAACAUGUUCCUCUUGUUGUCCGGCAAAGCCGCCAAGGCGAAGGGUGACGAAGGACCGAAGGUGUGUGCAAUCAUGACACUGUCCAACUACAUGAUGUACCUUCUCGCUCUUCGCCCUUACAUGCUGCCGGGCCUGGUCACCCGCAAGCUUAUCGAACUGACCUGCGAGGAAUUGGCCCAGAUUUGGUCCGAACAUCAGGCAGCACCUGCCGCCGUCGAUGACCUAGAGUCGUCGUCUUCUCCGAGCUUCUGCAAUAUUAGGGUCUUCAUGCGGGGCAAAUUCUCCCAGUGGCACAAUCGUUGGCGAGUUUCUACCAGGCUCAGUCACGGCAGGGCGGAGGAGGAGGAGCUUGCUAGGAUGCUCAUCGAAAGGGACAAUGAAACUGCCCUUAACAAAUAUCUCUCUCGUGGAAUCGAUGUCGCCCAGAAACUGCUCGACCUAGUAGACUUGCGCAAGGAGAUUGACAUGGUGCAGGUGAUCCUGGCGGUGUGGGUGGAAAUGCUGUUCUAUGCGAGCUACCAGUGCAGCAAGGAGUCCCAUGCCAAGCAGCUGAGCCAGGGGGGCGAGUUGACGACCAUCGUGUGGCUCAUGGCAGAACACGCCGGCCUGUUCCUUGUCAACAAAACCAGAAAGGGAGCUGAAGAGGCUAACUGGAGGAAAAGGAAAGCUAAUAAGAAAAAAGAGGCCGGAACGUCUGAUGCUACAGUUAACAAGCUAAGUUAACCUCCUCCGUCAUUAAUUAAUUGCAUGUCCUCCUGUUUGAUUGCAUAGAGUUCUUGUUAUCAUUCUCCUAUUUGAUUGCAUAGAGUGGCAAGUUAUAACUUUGUACGUGCCAAAAUAGUUUCCAUGGAUUGCAAUUUGUAAACAAACUCUUGCUCAUACCCUAAGGUAAUAUAAUUGCUCACUACUGUCUGCUAAUAAACCUAUCUUAUAUUA